AUGGCGCCCGCAAUCCCCCUCCCCGCCAAAUUCGCCGCCCUCUCCCAGAAUGCAACCAACGGCAACGGCGGCGCGACGGUGAAGCCGACGGCGGCCACCGGCGGCGGCCACCACAGAACCCUACUGCUGGCCACGCCCUCCCUCGCCUCGGACGAAGCCGCCCUCCGCGCUGCCAUGGCCGGCCGCGACCGCGCCGCCUCGGACCUCCACAUGCUCGACCGCCUCUCCGCGGGGCUCGUCCACCUACCCGCCGACGCCUACGACCUCGUGCUGCUGUUGGGCGGCGGCGGCGGCGAGCCGGCCGACGCCUUUCUGGACCGUGCGCUGCUGACCAUGGUGCACGACGCGCUGAGGGCCGGGGGCAGGAUCGAGGCACAGGGCGGGGCCGGUAUCGGGCCCGCGUUGGAUAAGGAGUUUGUGCUGGCGGGGUUGGUGAGGAGCGGGUCCGGGUUUGCGAAGCCGGAUUACGGCGCCGAGACGGUCGUGCCGCUGAAGUUGCGGAGGAAGAAGAAGCUGCAGGUGGCGGUGGAUUCGGACGACGCUGUGCCGCAGCUUGUGGCGGCGGCGGCGGCGGCGGCGGCCCAGGAGCAGGCGAAGAAAGUGCCUGCUGGCGUUGGUUUCGUUACGCUGGAUGACUUGGAUGCGGAUGAUGAUGAUGAUUUGAUUGAUGAGGAUACUCUUCUUACGGCGCAGGAUCUGAAGCGUCCCCUCAACAUACCCGCCGAAUGCCUCCCCAAGGCUGGCAAGCGCCGCCGCGCUUGCAAGGACUGCAGUUGCGGCCUGGCUGAGCGUCUAGCCGCCGAGGAGGCGGACCGUCAGGCCGAAGCCGACGAGAAGCUCCGCCAGCAAGUAGUCAAGCUCGGCGUCAACGACCUCGCCGAGGUUGACUUCACCGUGCAAGGCAAGGUCGGCUCGUGCGGAAACUGCUCUCUCGGCGAUGCGUUUCGCUGCGAUGGCUGUCCGUAUAUCGGCCUGCCGCCUUUCAAGCCCGGCGAGGAGGUGACGAUAUUGAAUAACGUGGUGCAGUUGUGA